UGCAGGGGGAACGUUUGCUUCAUCGUUAGAUAAUGUUGUGAAGCACAUUCCCUGAAAAACCUCAUGCCGGUGUUAUUUGCAGUCAUAUAAACUUCAUAUGCAGGCCUGUGCAGAUGUUUCAUUGACCUUUGCUGUAAUAUUCCCAAUGGCAAUGAAUGCGGUGGUCUCCUCCUGGACACUGAGUGUCACCGUAUUGAGAGCAGAAAACAUUCGCUCAACAGACUUUUGGUCUGAGGACGAUUGCUAUGUCACCCUGACUUUCCCACCUGCAAUUGUUUUUAAGACACAUACUGUGGCCAACAGCAAAAACCCAGAGUGGAACAAAACCUUUCAUUUCAAGCUCUACAGUAAUCUACAGAAUACUCUCCAGAUACAUUUGUAUGAUGAGGACCCCAUGUAUGACGAUGUGAUUCAAAGAAUCAUGUUUGAUAUCAGCACUCUCAAAGUGGGGAAGAAGGAAAUCAAGGAAUUUGCCAUCCAACCUCAGGGUAAACUUUGGAUAUCCUUUGAGCUGCAAGAGAGUAAUGUGAACGCUGUCAGUCCCCAUAAAGAUUGUCACUUGGGGAAGGAAGUGGUUUCUUACUGGAGAUUAAAUGUGACCAUCUUAAAAGCCAAAAUGAGCUAUUCCACGGAUUACUUUUCAGAGUCAGACUGCUAUGUCACUCUUCAUCUCCCUACGGCGACUGCAAGUACAUUCAACACAAAAACAGUGCACAACAAGUGCAAUCCAGAGUGGAAUGAAACAUUCACCUUCAGAGUCCUCUCCCAUCUGAAAAAUGUUUUAGAAAUUAGGCUGCAUGACAAAGACCCGAUUUCUGAGGAUGACCUCAUUUCAACCAUUCUAUUUGACCUCAGCAACCUCACAACUGGGAAGAAAGAAACAAUGACAUUCACCUUAAAUCCAGAGACAACUGACCACAUUUCAAUACAGUUUGAGAUGCUCCACAGUGAGGAACCCUCUUGUGAAUAUCUCAGUAAUGGCAUCCUCCUGGCUGCUCCGUUCUCUGCUUUGGACAUCAAUGUUGACAAGCUACUAAACAAUUCUGAUUUUCUGGGUAAAGUGAUGAAGCUUCGGGGCGCCUGUCCUGAGAAACAGACUUUAUUGGCUGAUGAAAUCACCACGUUGCGUUUCUACAUCAACAGAGACUUGGAGACUGAACUCGGAGUCUCAUCCUCUGCUGAUGAUAUCAACUUGAAUUCUACAAGGCUUCAACCACUACCACCUGAACACAAAAGGAAAGUUUCCGUUGUCAUUGAUAAGGACACAGUGGACUUAAAUGUUGAGACACAUGAAUGCAACGACAACUGUAUUGCAGUUCGUUUGGAUUUUGACAUUCCACAACAAGAGAAAGAGUAUUUGAAGAAGAGAAAGCUCAUUGUGGGGCAGAAAAUGCAACAGCUCUUUGGCCUAGAUUCUCCACCAUCACCAGAUCAGGUGCCAACUAUAGCAUUGGUGGGUUCAGGGGGAGGAUCCAGAGCAAUGACAGGCCUGCUUGGUAGUUUGAAAAGCCUGGAGGAAAUACAAUUCCUAGAUACUGUCUCUUAUAUCACUGGAGUGUCUGGAUCAACUUGGGCUAUGACUGCCUUGUCCAAAGACGAAAACUGGUCACAGGACGGCAUAGACAGUACCAUCGCUGAACUAAGAAAAGAGCUAUGUAAGAGUGUCCUGAGUGUGUUCUCUCCGGAGAAACUGAAAUAUUACAAGCAAGAAAUGAAAGAAAAAAUGAACGAAGGGCACAUUGUGUCACUUACUGAUAUGGCAGGCCUGAUUUAUGAACAAAUUGUUUUUGGGAAGAAAAUUACCAGUACCCUCUCUGAGCAGCAGAGGACAGUAAAUGAAGGCCAAAACCCUUUCCCCAUAUACACUGCUGUCAGUAUGAAGGAGAAGAGUGGCUUUCAUUCAGAAGCUGAGUGGUGCGAGUUUACCCCCUAUGAGGUUGGCUUUCUAAAGUAUGGGACUUUUGUACGAGCUGAAGACUUUGGCAGUCAGUUCUUCCUGGGUCAUCUUGUCAAAAAACUUCCAGAAGUCCGCAUACCUUAUCUGAUUGGAAUAUGGAGCAGUUGCUUCUCAGUCAAUCCGACUCAAUUAUUCAAGCUCGCCACUGGUUCGGAAGCUGAGUCUGACUCCUUGUUUGGGCCAGAUAUCGACAACAUAGAGACUGAUGAUGAUCCUUCAACUCUUGAUACACACCUCAUAGAUCCAUCCACAGAUGUAUCCAGAAUCAUCAGUGAUUUCUUGAGGAAUCGCCCAAUUAGUUCUAAAGUACACAAUUUCAUGAAUGGUCUCCUUCUGCACACAAACUACAAUGCACAUAGCAACUUCACAGCAUGGAAAGAAACACACAUUGAUGCAUUUCCAAACUUACUGACGCCCAGCGACUCCAUUCUCCAGCUCAUUGAUUCUGGUCAUCACAUAAAUGUUGCCUGUGCCCCCGUCCUACGUCCCGAGAGAGAAGUGGACGUUAUCAUAUCCCUUGAUUAUUCCUGGAAUCCAGACAACAUCUUCAGGGAUCUAAAGAUGACAGCAGCUUACUGUAAAGACCAUGACAUCCCCUUCCCUCAUGUCGAUUUUACCACUCUGGAAGAAGCACCUAAGAAGGAGGUUUAUAUCUUUGAAGAUAUGGAGAAUCCCAAGGCACCGAUUGUGAUUCACUUCCCACUUGUCAAUAUUUCAUUCAAACAGUUCAAACAACCAGGCGUAAGGCGCAAAACUGCGGAAGAAAUAAAAGCUGGAGAAGUGGACGUACACAGCAGCAACUCUCCAUUCACCACUGGGAAUCUCACCUACUCAGAGGAAGAUUUUGACUCUCUGGUGCAGUUGACAUUUUAUAAUGUCGCCAACAACAAGGAAGCCAUCAUGGAUACAUUGCACAAGGUCUUGAAAGCUAAAAUUGCAUGAGAUCGAGGGAAAUAAGUCAGACAUGAAAAUUCUUGAUGGUUGAACUUAUAAAUACUGCAUUACGAUGUCUUAGUCCAAUGCUUGCUUUUCAAAUCUCAUUUCCAUUAAACUUUGAUAGGUUUUAGCGCAUUGGCCAUCAAAUACUAUACUAUACAAAAAAAAUAACCUAAAAUGUUUGUACUUCAUUACUUGACUCCUUUAUAUAUUGUACACUAUAAUUCUUCUGGCCCAGACAUAAGACUUCAGCAUCUUACUUGCAUUCUUGUGUCCAGUCUUGUAUACUCUAGUGCUCACUAUUAGACAUUAAAAACAUUUGUGCUUUGAAUUACCAGGGAAAUAUUAGUUAUUAAAUAUUCUCCUUCAAUUAAUAGGAAAUGGAACUCUCCUAAAAAGUAUUUGAACAGUACAGAAGUGCACUGUAAACCCGGUGUUAGAUAAGUAUAUGCCUUUGGACUUAUAGAAUUUAUUGUAUGUUAAUUAUAACUGCCUUUUGUUUCAGUGCAAAGAUAAGAUUGUUUGUCUCUCUCUCUGAUAUUGUAAAAUCGCGUUGCUGUGAGACAAAGCUUGAUGUCUGUGGUUCGUAGAUUGGGGGGCAGUUGCAUGAGGCAUAUGAUGACAACCUUUUCAUGUGUGUAUACAUGACCUUGCCUUGGGAUCGGAGAAAUAGGCAGACACUGCUUAAAAAGCACCCAUCAGGUUGGAUUUGAACUGUUUCCUUGUAUGCCAAUUUUCAAUAAAUUGUAUCUCUCAUUAUUCUCAAA